GGCGUCGACCUCUCCGCGAAGAUGUUGGAGGUGGCGAAAGACAAGGAUCGCGGCUAUAGCAAGCUCGUGUGUGGCGACCUGGUAGAUAUCUUCGAAGGAGACGACCAGGCAGACAAAUUCGACCUCGUCGUGGCCGCAGAUGUCUUUGUAUACGUGGGCGACUUGCGACCCGCCCUCUCCGCAGCCUCGCGGUCGCUGACGGCUCAUGGCGCCGUCGCCUUCUCCACCGAGGCCCCGCCUCGUGCUGGCAGCGCCAAUGAGAAGGAAAGCAAAGUCCCGGAGGGCGGCUACAAGCUGGCAGAGACGGGCCGGUACAUGCACACCGCCUCAUACGUCCGGUCUACCGCCGAGGCCUGCGGCCUGCGACUCUGCAAGCGCGCCAACGUGGUGCUUCGAAAGAAUGGCGGCAAGCCGGUCCAUGGCCACUUGCAUCUCUUGCGUAAGAUGUCGACCGAAGGUCUGUGA